GAUGUGGUCGGUCGCGGAGAAGCGGGAGGGUGGAGCCCCAGCCCGGGCCGGGCAGAAUGGAGGCAGGUUCAGGCGCGGCUCUGAGGGGGCGGGGGGGUGCAGAUCGGCAACGGCGGCCGCGGUGGUGACCAAAAUGCGUCCGAGCCCUUGCGACCCGGAGAGGAGUUCCGCGAUCCAAAUGUCCGUAUCGCGGAGCGAGGUGGGCGGGCGGCUGGGGACCAUGGCCAGGACCGGCAUGGAGCCGUGGCGUGACCGGCUGGCACUGGUGACAGGAGUCGGGGGCAUCGGCGCGGCUGUGGCCCGCGCCCUCGUCCAGCAGGGACUGAAGGUAGUGGGUUGUGCCAGCCCCGUGAGCAACAUCGAGGAGCUGGCUGCCAAAUGUAAGAGUAUAGGCUAUCCCAGGACUUUGAUCCCCCACAGAUGUGAUCUGUCCAGUGAGGAGGACAUCCUCUCCAUGUUCUUGGCUGUCUGCUCUCAGCACAGUGGUGUGGACAUCUGCAUCAACAAUGCUGGCUUGGCCUGGCCUGACACUCUGCUCUCAGGCAACACCAGCAGCUGGAAGGACAUGUUCAAUGUGAACAUGCUGGCCCUCAGCAUCUGCACACGGGAAGCCUACCAGUCCAUGAAGGAAUGGAAGGUGGAUGACGGGCACAUCAUUAAUAUCAACAGCAUGUCUGGUCACCAAGUGUCACCCCACUCUGUGAUCCAUUUCUAUAGUGCUACCAAGUAUGCCAUCACCACACUGACAGAGGGACUGAGGCAAGAGCUUCGGGAGGCCCAGACCCACAUUUGAGCCACAUGCAUCUCUCCAGAAGUGGCGGAGACACAAUUCUCCUUCAAACUCCACAACAAGGACCCUGAGAAGGCAGCUUCCAUCUAUGAACGCAUAAAGUGUCUCAAACCUGAAGAUGUGGCUGAGGCUGUCAUCUAUGUCCUCAAGCACCCUUCCACGUGUCCAGGUGAGUCUGGCCUUGACUGUCCACCCCCUGGAAGAGCCCAGCCAUCUCAGAGGAGGACAGCAGGGAGGCCUAGCGGGUGGGGAGAGCAUCCUGUCUGCCUCAAGCCUUGUGCCUUCCAGCAGAUUGGAGACAUCCAGAUGAGGUCCAUGGAGUAGGUGAUCUAGUUUCCUGUGGGGAGUUCUGUCUUCCGUCCCCACGCCUCACGGCUUAGCUCCUGCCUCUGGAUUUUAGGUGUUGAUUUCCAGACUCCUGGAUUCUGCUUCCUCUCUCCAACCCACCAGGGGCUACAAAUUUUUGGAAGUUUUUAUGUCUUAUCAAAUUACGUCCACCACAAAUAUGAACAGUGGGCUGGGGAGAGGUUAGGUGUCCCCGAUUGUUUUACCUGUUAACUCAUUAUUGGUCUGCUUCUUAGUCUCCUUGGCCUUUGUGUGCUCUCUUUGGUCUCUUCCUUUUGACCUACGGAAGGAAGUAUGGCCAAAAGGGGGGCUUCCCCCUAUCUUCUUGUACCCCAACCCCUGUCCCUCAAGGAGGAGGUGGCAGAGAGAAGCCCUCACCUUCUAUCUGAAUAGCUAUCCAAGGCCCUAGGCUUCCUCCUCUCCCUGCCCUACUGCCCCUAUUGCCUCUUCUCUUCACCCACCCCUGUUCUCCAGCCCAGGCUUGGCUUCUCUGCUCCCAGUGGGGUCAUCACUCCCCCAUAGUCACACUGACUAUGGCAGCUGAAUAUCAGGCCCUGCCUCCCAACUGGGUUUCACUGUGAUAAUUAAAAAAGAAAAAUUGCAACAACCUA